AUGGCAUCCACCAGCGCCACCUACGCGCUCCCUCUCGACUCCUCCCUGCACAUCCACCCUCAGCAUGGACGUGCCCACCACCACCACCACUAUAGCAAUUCCCUGCUGCCCGACCGGUCGCCCAGCUGGUCCUCGAACCACAACGGCGCUGCUUUGAAGAAGGCGCACUCGCACGGCAGCCUCCAAGCUCCUGCGCCCGCUCCCUUCGCGCCGCCCGCCCAAUCCUCCAACACCAGCACCGACGCCGCCCUCAUGAAAGGUCGCCCGAGUCUGCGCCCGCGCGGCGAGUCCGACCUUGGCCGCCCCGCCUCGGCCGGCUCUGUGGAAACCUCGUCGGGCUAUGGCUUUCCGCCCGUGGGCAAGCACGCCGAAGACGCUGCGCCCGCUAACAAGGCCAUUGCCAUCCUCACGGGUGCGCUGGUUCCUCUGCCCUACAUUCUGGCAUCAUUGGCCUUCGCCGCGCGCCCGGAAUCCCCCUCCCCAGACGCACCGUCCGAUUCCGCUCUCGACCGGUUACGCGCUGCAGUGUCGGACGAGGAGCCCGCCGCACACCUUGCCCAGCCACAGGAUCGCUCACCACUUCUCGAAACGUGCAUCCUCGCCUCCGGGACGCUCCUGCUCACCGCGCUCUUGGCCAAAGCCAGGCCGCAUGCUCCAAGUCUCGACCGGAGAAGAGCAAAGUAUGCGGAGAAGGGAGAGUCGGCGCGCGCUGUGGGACAGAUUAAGAAAUUGGUCACCACCGUUCUCAGCGUCGGAUUGCCAUUUUAUGCCGCCGCACAGCUCGGUGGUGCUCGGGCAGGCGUGGCCAUCUUGACCGCCAUCGCUUAUGGUCUGUGUGGCACGAAUGCUGCGCCUCGGCCUCUCUUGGCCGUUCGGCGCAUGAUCCAGGAUAAGCAGCUGCUUUGCGCCUAUCUCGGUCUGGGCCUCGUCUACGACAUCAUGGGGUUCUCAACUUCGAGGAGCGCAUGGCAGCUUGUGACGGGCUACCUGGCACUUGCGACGACGAUCUUGGUACUUCCACCGCCGAUGCCGAUCUCCGUCCACACGAUUCCACCGCCUCCGCAGGCCAACGGCAUCAAUGGCGGGCUUUCGCCGCUGAUCGAAAGUCCGGAAAAGGUUCCAAUGGCACUGAGCUCCACUUCGAUCACGACUUCCCCACUCGUCCUGUCUCAGGAUGACAUAACGACGACUUUCGUUUCAGGUGCACUUCUCAGCGUUUUCACCAUACUCUUUCUUUCGACUUUCCAAACGGCGCCAUUCUUUGCUACUUCAACGGCGUUCGUCUCCGUACUUUCUGCGGCUUCUGCCGCGAGCUUCUACGUCUUUGCGCAGCCUGCAGCUUUGCGGUCCUCUGACAAAUCGGCCCUCAUUGCCGGUUGCGCUUCUGCAGCCGUGACCGCGCUCACCCUUUCUUCUGGUUCCUGGAUGGCCUCCUUCACCGACAUACUUUUCCCCGGUCUUGCAUAUUUUACAGUCUCCAAAGGAGCCGCAUUAUCUCCCGCAUCUCACCACCAUGACCAUGUCCACGACCACAAAGGUCAUCACCACCACCAUGCACACGGACCGCAUGCCCAUGACAAGCAUUCGAAACUCACGGGACUUUUGCUGAAGAACGUCGAAGCCGGCGGCCUUGUGCACAGCAUCCUUGUGGAGAAGGAUUCCCGCCGCAUUGCCUAUUUUGGAUGCCUGAAUCUCGCCUUCAUGGCAGUCCAAUUUUUCUACGGCUUCGUGACCGGAUCGCUAGGGCUGCUCACCGACAGCAUCCACAUGUUCUUCGAUUGCGCCGGACUCGCCGUGGGUCUCAUCGCAGCUGUAAUGAGCAAAUGGCCGCCGAACGCACGAUUCCCGUACGGCUAUGGCAAGGUCGAUACCUUGUCAGGCUUUGCCAACGGCAUAUUUUUAAUUCUCGUGAGUUUCGAAAUCAUUCUGGAUGCGUUCGAACGCAUUUGGGAGGGCCACGAGCUUCGCCGCCUGGACGAACUUCUCGUCGUCAGUGUGCUUGGUUUGGUAGUCAACAUUGUCGGCCUCACCGCGAUGGGACACGCUCAUGCGCAUGGCCACGGCGGUCAUGACCACCACCAUCACGGCGACGAGAACAUGCAAGGUAUUUUCCUGCACAUUCUGGCAGACGCCCUCGGGUCUGUCGCCGUGAUAGUUUCCACACUCCUUACCAAAUGGAACGGCUGGAGCGGCUGGGACCCUCUCGCGUCGUCCAUUAUCGCGCUGCUGAUCUUCUUCUCUGCGCUACCGCUCACUCUUGGGGCUGGCAUGCGGUUAUUGCUCUGUAACAACCAGCAGGUCGAAGAUGCGCUAAAGGAUGUCCUUCGAGACCUCAACUCCAUCCGCGGUGUUGUUAGCUACAGUGCCCCCCGCUUCUGGAUCGAGGACAUCGGUGCUGCGCACGAGAGGGGACACGGACAUUCGCACGCUCACGGAGGGGGACACGACUGUGGGCACGGUCAUGACCACGACCACGACCAUAGCCACGGCCACAAUCACGAGCAUAGCCACAACCACGACCAUCACCAUGAUCACAACCACUCUCAUUCGCACGACCACGGCGAUUCGCAUUCGCACAGCCACGGCCAUGAACACAGUCACAGCCAUGCUGAUGGUCACGACCACGACCACGACCAUACGGAGCAGAACAUUUUGGGCGUUAUUCACGUCGUUGCCUCGAAGACGGCAGAUCUCGAAGACGUUCGUCAGAGGACAACUGCAUUCCUCAUCGAGAAGAAGCUGGAUGUAUUCGUCCACGUCGAAAGAGAGGGUGAUAGAUGCUGGUGCGGCGGCGGACAAAACUUUUAG